AUGGAGAAGUUUAGAACGGUUUUAGAUGAUUGUGGCUUGAAGAAUGUGAAAGCUGAUGCAGAUUUUUCUCAGACUAAUCAUAGAAAAGGGGAGGCUGCUGUCUGGGAGUUGUUAGAUCAUUUUUUGAUAAAUGAACAGUGGGCGCUUUCUCUUGGGAUUACGGGCUCCCAAGUUCUUGACUACUAUGACUCUGACCAUAGGGCAAUUCAGUUAACUCUCGUUGAUCAGGAGAUGGGCGGUUCGAAGGGGGGCUAUAAGAGAUUUUACUUCGAACACAAAUGGAUGGUGGCGAAUAAUUUUACGAUUAAUUUUCUCAUGGAGUGGAGAUUCAGUGGGGGUCUUCCCAUUCAUAAACGUUUAGAGUGGUGUCAGGAGUACCUUAAAAAGUGGAAAAAUUUAGAGUUUGAUAAUCCGACUAAGAAGAUUGAGGAGUUGAGGAAAAAGAGGGUUAAACUCCUAAAUGUCGGUGCUUAUAAGAAUACGUCGACUGAUCUGGUGCUGUUGGAGGCGAAUUUGGAGAGGAUGUUGGAGGCAGAGGUGCUGCACUGGAAGCAACAGUCGAGAGCGAACUGGUUGGAUUUUGGCGAUAGAAAUACUACUUAUUUCCAUACUUUCGCUUCGGCCUGGAAAAAGAAAAACACAAUUUUAACCCUUUUAGAUCAGCAUGGGAAAUGCAGAAAGAUGAUAAGGUGA